AUGAUCAACUUCACACAGGUUUCCGACUUUACACUUGGUGCCUAUUUUGACACUGGCAUGUUGAAAUAUUUCUAUUUUAUGAUUAUUUUGUGUCUGUAUGUUUUAAUUAUCAGUGCUAAUGUGCUGCUUAUCGUGGCUAUCUGCAUGAACAGAAGCCUACAUGAGCCCAUGUACAUAUUUCUGGUCAGUCUGUUUGCUAACGAGCUGUUUGGUAGUUCAGCGUUGUUUCCUUUCCUGCUGGUUCAGAUCCUCUCUGACAUUCACACUAUUUCUGUUCCUUUAUGUUUCCUGCAGAUUUUCUGUCUUUAUUGUUAUGGGUGUGUGGAGGUUUUAAACUUGGCUGUCAUGUCUUAUGACAGAUAUCUCGCUAUCUGUUAUCCUUUGCAGUAUAAAGUGAGUAUGACGUCUAAAAAGGUGGCCGUACUCGUAGCUCUGACGUGGGUGUUACCUUCUCUUGCGAUUGUGGUUUUGAUUUCACUAAGUGCGCCUCUGCAGCUGUGCGGGAACGUCAUCAACAGAGUUGACUGUGGCAACUACUCCAUAGUUAAACUGGCCUGUUCUGACACCAGAAUCAACAACAUCUACGGACUCAUCUACACCAUCAUCUCCAUCAUCAUUCCUCUCAUUUUAAUCCUCUACUCCUACAUGAGGAUCCUC